GUAAAGCCGUCGACCGUAUUCCGGGGAGUUUGUCAGUUAGCGGCAGUUGUGAGUUCGAAGAGGACAGCAGUUUGUGGUUUUGGGGGUGAACAGUAUUAGGGGCAAGAUGACUGGGAGAAAGCGGGUUAAGCCCGCUGGGUUUGUUUGAGAAAGAAGCAAAGAACGCCCCUCCUCCUCCUCCCGAGGAUACCGCCGUAGAAGCCCAGGAAUCUGAGUAGUUUGGGAGGCCUUUCUGCGGGCGGACGCAUGCGCAAAUGGAGGGGACCCUGACCUGCGCCGUCUGCCUGUCGCUCUUCGAGGAGCCGGUCACGCUGCCGGUCUGCUCGCACAACUUCUGCCGGGCCUGCGUGGCCGCGUGUCUGAGCCAGGCCCGGAGACCCGCCGAGCAGCCCCUGCGGCAGCCUCCGCAAAGCCAUGAGCGGCCCCGUCCUCCGGAAGCCGAGCAGGGCUCCGCCGCCCCCGCUUCGGACAGCAACAGCCUCUCGGUGCCCUGCCCGCUCUGUCGGAAGCCCUGCGCGCUGCCCGGGCGCCACGGCGUCGCCGCCCUGCCGGUCAACACGACCCUGGCCGAGGUGGUGAAGCUGUUCAAGGCCGGCCGCGGCGGGGCGAAGGCCGGCGGGGGGGAGGCGAGGGCGGCGGUCCCUGCCUCGGCGCCCCGGCUGGCCGGGCAGGACGUCCCGUGCGAGAAGCACCCGGGCAAGCCCCUGCAGCUCUUCUGCCGGAUGUGCUGCCGCCCGGCGUGCGGGCAGUGCGUCUCCGAGGAGCACCAGGGGGUCUUCCACUCGGUCAACCUCAUCAGCGCCGCUUACCAGGAGCAGAAACUGAACUUCUUCAGCUACCUGAAGGAAAUAAGAAAAAUUAAUGAACAGCUGGUAAAGGAAGUUGCAGCUUUCCGAAAUGACAUGGAGACACAAAAGCAGAAAGAAGAAAAGAUGAUUAAAAGACAAUUUGAAUAUAUAUCUAAGACCCUGGAGAUGAAGAAACAACAGUUGCUUGAUAGUCUUGAAGGUCAAAAAGAAAAGAGGGAGAAGGAAUAUGAAAUAUGGAAGAAAAUGAAGGAUGGUUACAGGAAAACAAUUGAGAACUAUCUGAGUGAGUGUGAAAAAAUUAUAAAUGAAUGUGAUCCCCAGCGUUUCUUAGAGGUUGCAUGCAACUUGAAUCUUAGGAUGAAGAACCAGAUUGACAUGAUACAAAUCUCAUCCCGCUAUGAAAAUUUACCAGGAUACAAACAAAUGCAUAUGGAUACCACAUCUGUUGUUCAUAGUAUCUUUGCUUUGCACCUCACUCCUAUUAAUUUGAGUGUUUUUAAAGCAGACAUUCCUUCUAGAGACAGAGAAUGUGUUGUAUUUGGAAAUACUGACAAAAAAUCAGAAGUACAAAAGAAAAUUCAAAAUGUCUUCAAGCCCGUGGCAGGAGUUGAUGUACUGCCUGAUGGGAGGAUGAUCCAGACUCAAAUUAUGUCCAUAUCAGAAGCUCCUGAAUUUGGACAAAUGAGCCACGAGGAAGUACGUUAUAAUUAUUACAUGGCACAUCAAGUGGAUAACUUGGAGAAACAUACUUAUACCUCGCCUCUAAAUGGAAGGUGCAUAUUUCCAGAAUCUCCCUGUUCAACUAACCAACCUCCAGAAGCUCCCCUUUUUUCCUUUAGUGCUAAAGCAAGUGAUCUUAAACUAAAACCCCAAAAACAAGAUGUCAAUGAAACUAGUUUUUCUAAGUCACUUGGUUAUCUGUUCAGCACUCCAGCUGUGAACUUGAAUUUCUCUGGCUCAAAUAAUAAUUUCAAUUUAUUUAACGUGAAAGGAUCUCAGAAAGACAGCCCAAAAACUGAUUCUUUGCUUACAACAGCACAAAUUCCUGAGACUAAUGCAGGGGCACUUUCCUUUGAAGUGCAAACCUCACUGACUGUGUCAUCAGAUUUACUUCCGGUGGCAGUGCCAUCUGUAGCUGUUUUGAAUCAGCACUCAUCAAGUGUAGUUACAGAGCAAACGGCUCCAACUGUUUUUUCUUGUUCAAGUGGAAAGGCAUCAACGCCCUCCCUCAAAUACAGGAAUUCAGUUUUUUCCACUGUUUUGCUAGAGAAACCUGAAAGCCAAAAUAACGGAAAUGACAUACAUGGGUAUAACUGUCCAGCUCCAACUGAAGUUUCUGUUAGUACCACCACCAGUCCUAAGUCUGACUCAACAGAUAGUGGAAAACCUUUAUUCUCAGCUUUUUCUACCACUCCUGGAUGUGGGCUCAGUCUGCCAAACAAACAACAGAGCUCAUUUUCACUUUCUUCCCCUGUUCAGAACAAAAAUGAAGAGAAUCAGAUCUGCUGUCAGCACAGGGAAAAUAAUCUUGGGAAUUCCUCUGGUAAGAAGUUAAAAGGUAACUGCAAUUCAGCUGAUAGCUUGCCUUACAAAUCUUCUUGCUGUGUUCUUGGGAAAGCUGGUGCUUCAGAAAAGCAGUCUGCACCUGGUGAGGUCUCAGCAAAUUACUUUUGGGAAACCAACACUACACCUAUAUUUUCUUUUCCAGGUGGUGUCAAAAAUAAUCAGGAUGCUCAGACCACCUCCAUGACAUCUGACAAUAAAACUAAAAGUCCAAGCGACAAAUCAAAAAUAGAAUCAAAUGACCUCAAACGUUCAGCUGUAAAAAACACUUCUCCCUCAAGCAGUUCUAAAGAUCUUAGAAGUCUAAUGCAUAGCUUUUCCUCUUUCUUCAUGGAAAAGCUGAAGUCUGAAACUGAAAGUAUUGUUGUUUCUCAGAAAGAUGCGGCCAAUGACAGUGCUGCAAACAAGACUUCUGUUUCAGGUAACCUCACUGAACUGAACAGUCAGUCAGAAAACCCUCCAAGGAAUGAAAACACUAAGGAAGACCAUGUAGGGUCUCAUUCAUUAAGGAAUGGGGCAAACAUGAUAAAUGCAGAGUCUGAUGGAGAGCAUCUAAGUCAAGCAUCUAACUCGAAUGACUCCAUUGAAGAAAAGAUACUUUCCAGAUAAAAAGUGGGCUCAUAGCAACGGAAUACUUCUAAGCUGACUUUCAGAAAUGUUGAAAGUUGUUAGUUUUCCUGGGAAGUAAUAUGAUCAAAUUUGCCUGCUCAAAAUAUUUUGGUAAAAUGUCUGGUAAAUAUUCUCUAAAAUAUCUAGUAAAGUGCAAGAUGCCAGUUCAACUUGUUUUUUCUGUUCUAAAAUAGUUAAUGCUUUUAAAAAAAAGUUAAGAAUGCUUAUAUGACCAACAAAUUGUGGUGUACCCACCUCUCAAAAUGUAGGGCUCAUUUCUGCAUGAACAUAAUAGCUUGUGGUUUGCAUACAUUAUGUCAAUAGAAAAAGCCUUCUUUCAUGCAUCUUAAAUACCAACACUUAUAUCUAGAAUUUUCUCAGCAGCUACUAGACUGCUAAAUUCUCAUUGAGUUUGGAUAAAUAUUAAGGACAGCUUCUCAAAGCUUCUGAAUUAUAGCCCUAACUAUGGGAGGAAUAGUGCACCCUAUACACCAAAAACAGGAGCUCAGUGAACCUAGAAGAUAUAGUGCUGAACAAAUAGCUUUUGAAUUAAAACCAGCAUGCCUUAUACCAAUUUGUUUUGUAAAUCUAAACAACUUGU